AUGAGCAAGAAAGUUUUGGCGUUGAGCCUGUUGAGCGAGACGGAGGGCAAGCCUAACGUGACGGCUUCCGAGCCUGUCGAGACCUCCAAGCCUGCCGAAACCACCGCUGAGACCACGGGCGGCGCUGACGCACCCGAGUCGCAAGCUGACGAGAAGAAGGCUGGCGAGCUUCCUGCCGUCGAAGGCAUCGCGAUCAACCAGGAGAAGUCCAAGAUCGAGUGGGUUGGCGCCAAAGUCACCGGCGAUCACAAGGGCACCUUCGAGAACUUCAACGGCGCCAUCAAGGUCGACGACGCUGGCAAGGUCACCGCGAUCGCGUUCAACGCGGACACCACCUCGGUGACCUCGGACAACGAGAAGCUCACGGGUCACCUCAAGAGCCCUGACUUCUUCGACGUCGCGAAAUACCCCGUGGCUUCCUUCUCCUCGACCGAGAUCAAGGAAGGCUCGGACGUCAAGCCUGGCGAAGGCCAAGCUGCGUUCACGCACACCGUCACCGGCAACAUGGACCUCCAUGGCCAGAAGAAGUCGAUCACCUUCCCCGCGCGUAUCAGCACCGAGGGUGAUGUGGUCUCGGCUUCGACCGAGUUCAACCUGAACCGUUUCGACUUCGGCAUCGAGUACAAAGGAAAGCCCGACGAUCUGAUCAAGAAAGAGGUCUUGCUCAAGAUCAACUUCGAGGCUCCCAAGAAAGCUGCUGAGUGA